CCGGCGCCCUCAUCCCUGGUCCCAGCGCCGGGCUCUACUGCAUGUGGAACAUGCCCAGCGUGUGGGACAUGCUUGCGUUCUCCCCUCUGCACGGCACCCUGUCGCACCUCCGCUUCUCCGGCGUGAUAAGCGGCAACGCGGCCCAGUACCUCCGCUUCCAGCUGGACAUGCCCGUCGAUCCCGAAGAUCCCGGCGAACUGCUCGACACCGUGCGCCUCGCCCCCUCCUUGACCGAGUUUCCGCCCGGGUCGAACGAAGAAGUGCGCGCGAAGCGGGCGGGCGGCGGAGCUCAGGAACGUGUGGAUCGAGGAGAAGCGGGUCGUCACCACGGGGUCCUUCGGAACGGCCGGAAGGACGCACGCCGCACGCCAUACGUGCGGCCUUUGGUCUCUUGCGCGGCAAACUCGGAGGCGCAAGCUCGCGGACGAGGGUGGAGGGAAUCUGGUGAUGCUCGGCAGCAGGGAGGGCCACUACGAGCUCGAGCAGUUGAUGAAGGACUGGCUGGACUACGUCGCCGGGGGCGAGGGGCCGUGGGCAGAGGAUACGGUCGCCUGAUAGCCUUGCGAGUUGGUGACAUUGGUGCCGGCGUCGUCUCUGCUUCGCCGUUUAGUAUGCGUAUCCCUUUAUUUUUCUCUUCGUCGCCCGGGCUCAUAGAUCCGCCUCUUCUAUCAGUAUCUUCUGAGGCAAGGGCGAUUCAGCACGUUCGUGUCCAUCUGUUCUUGCCAAUGCCUCUCGCUGCCCCAACUUUGGAAGACGUAUAAGUGCAGCAGAACCGCAGCGACACGGCCGCGCUAUGCUGUUUGACUCACCGAAGCUCUCAUGAUCAGCACCCGACUCAUCAGGAUCGCACGUAUGCCGGCCCCGGACCCCCACGCGCAUAAAUAUAUCUGCAUGACCAUGAACCGCUGUCCCGACGAAAUCCUCGUGAUCAUCCUUGCUCUUGCCUGCACCGAUGAUGGUACCACCGGACGUUCUUUAUCCGUUACGUCCCGUCGUAUACGCCGUGUAUCUGCGUCUGUCCGAUAUAGGUCUAUCGUCGUGCGAGGAGUUGCACAGAUCGGCGCCCUCACCGCGCAACUCUUGGUUCAUGGCAACUCAAAUGCAUGCGAAGACUCUGCUCAAGUCGGGCGCCCAAAAUCCACGCUACCCCCAGUCGAACACUUGCUCAUGACGAGGUUCUCUCCGCAUAAAUCGGGGGAUCAAGGGGCGGAGAAGGAACGUCCCAAGCUAGGUGUCAGCGAGGCAAUGGAGCUGGAGCGCCGAGAGCUUGAAGCCGCCGCCAGCCUCCUCCUCGUGCUCGUCGCGCCUUCCGUCCGCACGCUUUUCUCCGACUUUUGGCCCAUCACCAGGAAGACCAUGCGUCCUGCCUCCUUCCCGCAUCUCACCGCUCUUUCUCUCUCAUCUCGCCCGUCUGCCGAGGACCUGCCCCCGCUUCCCUCGCUCACCCACCUCCACAUCGCCUCCUGCUGGGCCGUCAACAUGGACAAUCCCCCCUUUUGGGACAGGCUUUCGGUUUGCCCGUUCCACGCCACGCUCUCGCAUCUCCGCCUGUCCGGCGUGCGAUUCGGAGCCGUGGCGGAGUAUCUCCGCAUCCAGCUCGACGUGCCCGUCAUAAUCGACGAUGCCGAGGUGCGCCGCUCGCCUCUCAUCCCCGCGCACUUCAAACCGGGGUCAGAGCGUGAGCGCAGGGCCAUGGAGGAUGCAGCGAGGCUCCCUAUGCUGAAAAACGUGUGGAUCGACAGCAGAGAAUACGCCGUCCAGGGAUGGUGCGGGACAAGUGGCAUGGCGCACGUUACGACGCUGUCCGACCUCCGUGCUCUAGCGAAGCAAAUACAAACAGUGCAGGACGACGGCGCGGAUGGACGCAAGCUGGUGAUAUUCCCGACUAAAAAGGGCGAAUACGGGCUCGAGCAGAUGUUGGAGGACUGGAGUACGUCGGUGGCGGAGCGGGUCCUUGGGUGGAGCAUGUCGAUGCAUAAUCUCAAAAUGGCUCGGCUUGGCUAUGUUGCGCUAUAGUCUCAAAGGCUGCGUCAGACCGUCACCUUCGUCGUGGACAAGUCUCGCCGCCAUCCCACGGACCACCAUCUCCUUGUCCGAGCUGUCCAGCUUUCGCCUUCUCGUCGUUCCCUUCCGCCCACGGAGCGUUCAAUUGGUCUUGGAACAGAUCAAGCAGAGGUUACAGAAGCAGAACAUGUCAUUUUCAGUGAUGCGCUGCUGCCGGUUUCCAGCGAAGGUUUAGGCUGUGCAUGUACUGUCAUUUGCACUUUAUGGCAAUCCAUAAUAUAAACUGAAGUGAAG